AUGGCGCCCGAGGCUGGGGCGCCCCCGCUCGCCCGGGGUCCUCUGCCCUGGGCGGCGCUGCUGCUCCUGGCCGCGCUGCUGCCGGCCGCCUCCUCGGCGGGGGCUCCAGCUGACCACCCACUGAAGCCAAGGCAUGUGAAACUGCUGUCCACUAAAAUGGGCCUGAAAGUCACGUGGGACCCACCCAAAGAUGCUGCCAGUAGACCGGUGGAGCAUUACAACAUUGCCUAUGGGAAGUCACUGAAAAGCCUUAAAUACAUCAAGGUGAAUGCGGAGACACUCUCCUUCCUUAUUGAGGACGUGGAGCCGGGGGUAGUGUACUUUGUGCUGGUCACCGCAGAAAACCACAGUGGAGUGAGCCGACCCGUUUACAGAGCUGAGAGCCCGCCCGGAGGUGAAUGGAUCGAGAUUCAUGGUUUUCCCAUUAAGGGUCCAGGACCAUUUAAUGCAACCGUCACAGAAAAGGAUGUGCCCAACAAGCCCCUGCGUGUGCGUGUCCGAUCCUCAGACGACCGGCUGUCCGUGGCGUGGAAGGCGCCACGCCUGUCUGGAGCCAAGAGUCCACGCAGAUCACGGGGAUUUCUUCUGGGCUACGGGGAGAGUGGCCGGAAGAUGAAUUAUGUUCCACUGUCAAAAGAUGAGCGAACACAUGAAAUUAAAAAGCUGGCCUCGGAGUCGGUGUACGUGGUCUCUCUGCAGUCCAUGAACUCCCAAGGGAAGAGCCAGCCUGUCUACAGGGCUGCCCUCACGAAACGGAAGAUUUCAGAGGAGGAUGAACUGGACAUACCUGAGGACAUCGCUGUCCGUGUUAUAUCGUCUCACUCUGUGCUGGUAGCCUGGGUGGAUCCUGCUAUGGAAAAACAGAAGAAAACGGUUGCAUCGAGACAGUACACGGUGCGCUACCGCGAGAAGGGGGAGUCGGCCCGGUGGGACUACAAGCAGAUCACCAACAGGCGCGCGCUCGUCGAGGGCCUGAUCCCCGACACCAUGUACGAGUUUGCAGUCCGCAUUUCUCAGGGCGAGCGGGACGGCCCGUGGAGCACAUCUGUCUUCCAGAGAACCCCAGAAUCUGCUCCUACCACGGCUCCUGAAAACCUAAAGGUCUGGCCAGUGAGUGACAAACCCACAGCUGUCACUGUAGCUUGGGAUGCACUUCCGGAGACUGAGGGAAAAGUGAAAGAAUACAUUCUUUCAUACGCCCCGGCUCUCCAGCCCUUUGGAGCAAAGUCCCUCAGCUAUCCUGGAGAGACUACUUCUGCCCUAGUGGAUGGUCUGCAGCCUGGGGAACGCUAUCUUUUCAAAAUCCGGGCCGCAAACAGGAGAGGACUGGGGCCUCACUCCAAAGCCUUCAUUGUCGCUAUGCCAACAACCAGCACGAGUGAGUCAGACGCUGGGCAGAAAACAGACACCGAGAACAACUGGAAGCCUGAAAAAACUGCUUCUCCCCCAGGCAGAAAUGUCAAGAACCCCCUUCUUGACUUGAAGAACAAAAUACUGGCUAAUGGUGGGGUACCCAGAAAACCCCAGCUUCGGCCUAAGGUUAGGGCGGAAGGCUUAGAUCUUCAGUCGACAGAAAUCACCAACGAGGAGGAGCUGGAUUCCCGAGAGGCCUCGCCCACCACGGCCAGGGAGACGCUGGGCCAGAAACCACCAAGUAGAUCCGACCCCUCUGUCCUUGAUGCCCGAAGGACUCCGGCGGGGGUCCGACCCCCGGUGACGCCCAGAAAGGAGGGUGUGGACACGCGUGGCUCCUCGCUGGUCUCCCACCCUCGUUCAGGGGGCCCCGCCUCCUCUGGCCCCCACGCUCGCCCUGAGGACGGCGCUCACCGCCCCUCGGGGGACCCCUCAACCAACCUGCCUGCCGGCGUGACUGACAAUGACUCCCUGGGCCGGGAGGAGCACGAGCCAGGCACCGGCUCCCACCACCCUAAGGACACGGUCCCUCAGCCCCCCAAGCGGGCCGUCCACACCCGGCCGGCGCUGCGAGACCGCAGCCGGGGCCACCAGGGUGCAAGGCCGGCCCUGCCCGCUCGCAGGACACCCUAUUCCAGGAAUGGGGAGGAGAAGCCGGGUGCUUCAGGCCUCCCCUCGAGACCGUCUCCAGCCCAGGGGUCAUCCCGGCUGCCGCCCACGCAGCCGCACCCCCGGGCUGCGCUCGCAGGAGGCGGGGAGCCCUCGGGUCCCCGCGCCCCAGCCGCGUCGGACGCCUCCGAGGGCGAUGCCAGCCACGCAGAAGGCGCAGGGCGGCAAGCAGAGGCCACGGCCUCCACGCUUCGGGCCCGGCUGCCCGGGGGUCCGCCCGUCUCAGGACAUUACAGUUUGCCCAGAGCCAGGCCCUUCGCUGCCCACGGCAGGUACCCGACCAGGUUUGGCAACGGCCGAGGACCUCGGCUCCAGCCCUCCAGCUCCCCGCAGACCCCCGCGUCCUCCAGGGCUCCCUCUCGGGCGAGUCCUCCCGCAGCGCCUGACCCCCGGCGCGGCCUGGGUGUCCAUGGAGACGGCGAGGCGAGGGACACGGAAGACGAAAAGCCACUUCCCGCCACCAUGGUCCUGGACCACGGGCCCUCCUCCCCCGGCCAGCCUGCCUCUCGGGGCCCGGACCAGCCGAGAAGGGGCCUCCAGAGAGGAACGAGCCUCCAGCGGAAGGAGCCCCUGACAGAGAACCCCAAACUGGCCGGGCCUUGGGCUGGUACGCACCCUCGAGGCAAGUCUCUACCCCCAAAGGCACAGGAUGUUCAACAGAGCACAGAGGAGGGCUUGGAGGGUGGGUCCCCCAAGACGCAGCUGACCCCUGCUCGGUCAUCGGCCACAGGGUCACAACCCCACCUGGGGCCCAGCGUGCUCCAGAGGAUGACCCCGGGCCAAGGCCUGGGGGCCAGAGCCACCUCUCCCGACAGGCAGGCGCCUUCGCGGGCCUCUGUGUCAGAGCAACAGCCCCACGGUGCCCACAGCAAGGAAGCGGGUCAUUUGCCUUCCAGAGCCAAGCAUGUGCACCCCCAGGCUGGACGCCCCCACCCCACAUCACAGGAAGGCGCUAACUCCUUCCCUGACCCUUACAUGGCCAGCGGCAGCAGGUACCCGCUGACCGCGAGCUCCCGAGGGGUGCUCCCUGCGUCUCCCCAGAACCAGAACAGGCAAGCUGAGAGCAGACAGGGAGGAAGCCACGAGGACAGCGCAGAAGCAGAGUCUGCAGGUGUCCGGACGCCCUCACCUGCCGCACGGGCCAAGGACGCCGCCGGGUCGCUCCCCAAGCACCGCCAGGUGGAGGCAGACGACCUGCACCUCCGCAGAUCCCCCGGCUCCGCCCCGCGGCCCGGCCAGCCCGGCGCCCCGCACCCCCACGCCCGCCCCAGGGGCCCGGGCAGAGCACCCCAGGCGGUGGGGAAGCAGGACGGGGCGCUCCAGGCCACGCCAUCCAAAAGGGGACCCCUGACGUCAAAGUCUCCGCAGUCGGUCUCGGCUGAGGAUGAGGAGGAGGACGAGGCGCUUUAUGAAGGAGGCAGGGACGGGGACACUCGGGCCUCCUCUGCUCCGAGGUGGCCCGGCGGCGGCAAACCCGAGGACCGCGCCCCGGGGAGGGAGCCUGCCGUGGAGCUCGCGCCCCCCAGAGGGAGUCCCCCCCGGGGAGAGGACGCCCCUCCCUUGGACACCCCGCACCUCCCUCCGCACCUCCCUCCGCGACACCCCGCUCGCAGCCCGGCCACCCCUAGUCCGGCCGCGGGCACCCCGGCCCGGCCGCGGUCCCCCACCCGCGCCCCUCCGCUCUAUUCCUCCACCACCCCGAUGCUGUCGCUGCGCCAGCGCAUGAUGAACGCCAGGUUCCGCAACCCUUUGUCGCGCGCGCCCGUGAGACCCCCUCUCAGACAAGGUUAUAAUGGCAGACCAAAUGUAGAAGGGAAGGUACUUCCUGAUAGUAAUGGAAAACCGAAUGGACAAAGAAUUAUCAAUGGCCCUCAAGGAACAAAGUGGGUGGUGGAUCUUGAUCGUGGGUUAGUACUGAACGCAGAAGGAAGGUUCCUCCAAGAUUCUCAAGGAAACCCUCUGCGGGUUAAGCUGGGAGGAGAUGGUCGGACCAUUGUGGAUCUGGGAGGAACCCCUGUGGUGAGUCCCGACGGCCUCCCCCUCUUUGGGCAGGGGCGUCAUGGCAAACCCGUGGCAAGUGCCCAGGAUAAGCCCAUUUUGAGUCUUGGAGGGAAGCCCUUGGUGGGCUUGGAAGUCAUCAAAACAACCACCCGUGCUCCCACUACGACAGCAAGACCCACCACAACCGCAAGACCCACCACUACCACGACCACCCCUCGGCCCACCACCACGACCACCCCUCGGCCCACCACCACGACCACCCCUCGGCCCACCACCACGACCACCCCUCGGCCCACCACCACGACUACCCCUCGGAAAACUACUACCACCUCCCCUGAGCCCACCACCCUGAUGCCUACCUGUCCCCCUGGAACCCUAGAACAGCAUGAUGAAGAUGGCAAUCUGAUCCUGGGCUCCAGCGGGGUCCCGGAGUGCUACCCUGAAGAAGAAGACUUCUCCGGCAUGGAGACGGCCACGGCCAUGCCCACGGAAGAGGCCUACGUCGUCUACGACGAAGAUUAUGAGUUUGAAACCUCAAGGCCACUGGCCACCACCAGGCCCUCCACCUCGGCUGCCGUGCCCAAGGUCAUCUCUCCAGAAGGUUCUGUUAGUUCCUUUCCUGAAGAGGAAUUCGAUCUGGCUGGAAAGAAACGAUUUGUUGCUCCCUACGUGACAUACCUCAGUAAGGACCCAUUGACUCCAUGCUCUCUGACCGACGCUCUGGAUCACUUCCAAGUGGAAAGCCUGAAUGAAAUCAUCCCGAAUGACCUGACGAAGAAUGACCUGCCCCCUCAGCAUGCUCCCCGAAACAUCACCGUGGUCGCCAUGGAAGGGUGCCAUUCAUUUGUCAUCGUGGACUGGGACAAAGCCACUCCGGGAGAUGUGGUCACAGGCUACUUGGUCUACAGCGCCUCCUAUGAAGACUUCAUCAGGAACAAAUGGUCCACUCAGACCUCCUCGGUGACACAUCUGCCCAUCGAGAACCUGAAGCCAAACACACGGUAUUAUUUUAAAGUUCAAGCCAAAAAUCCUCAUGGCUAUGGACCUGUCAGCCCCUCGGUCUCUUUUGUUACAGAAUCAGACAAUCCACUGCUUGUUGUGAGGCCACCAGGUGGUGAGCCCAUCUGGAUCCCAUUUGCUUUCAAACAUGACCCUGGCCACACCGACUGCCACGGGAGGCAAUACGUGAAGCGGACAUGGUACAGAAAGUUUGUGGGAGUCGUUCUUUGCAAUUCACUGAGGUAUAAGAUCUACCUCAGUGACAACCUGAAAGACACAUUCUACAGCAUUGGUGACAGCUGGGGGAGAGGUGAAGACCAUUGCCAAUUUGUGGAUUCACAUCUUGAUGGAAGAACAGGGCCUCAAUCCUACAUAGAAGGUCUCCCUACCAUUCCAGGCUAUUACCGCCAGUACCGCCAGGAGCCUGUCAGCUUCGGCAGCAUUGGCUUUGGAACCCCCUACUACUAUGUGGGCUGGUACGAGUGUGGGGUCUCCAUUCCCGGGAAGUGGUAACCACAGAAGGAUCAAGUGAACGUUCGCUCUGCCCGGUCCCUCGACUAACUUGCACUAGGGGGUGUGAGCAGGAAAAGAAAGACUGUGUCCCCAGCCCCCCUGUCAGCCACAUGAUGGACAUUGGACUUUUCGGGCAUCUUCUGUCUGGAACUCAGUCCUACUUCCUGGCCUGGACUUCACACAGAUUCCUUGUUAGUUGCUGUUAACUUCACUUCUUUUGUUUGCUUUAGGCGACACCUCCCACAGGCAGCAAGAGCACACAGGAGGUGCCUCUGAUUCAGUGCGAUUUUCACCCUUUUUAGGCACAAAAUUCACACUCUUUGGUAUCUCCAGGGAACAGCACAAACGUGCUGUGCUGGCUUCAUGGAAUGCUACACGCUUUCUUCUCAUAGGACUCCAGAAUAGCUGAACUUACCUUCAGGGUUCCGUCUAUGCAGCAGAACUACAUUAGUCACAGCACCACCAAAGGAAAUGUAUCCUACUUAAGACUUACCCCGUCCAUGGACUUGCCCACGCCUAGACCAAAUGUAUCAGAUCCAAUUGUAAAUUCUCAAUUUUGAUAUAUAUAUAUGUAUAUAUGCAUAUACACAUCCACACUUGUCCGCAAGAACAUUGAUUAAAAUUGCUCAGUUUGUACUUGUUCACUAGAUCAAUGUGCAUGGGACUUUUUGGACUGAGGGUGAUGUUUAUGAGCAUCUUGUGGGGGUGCCCAGAGUCAUGGACUGCAGUGGGAG